AUGCAGUCCGCCGCUUUCACUCUCUCCCCUUCUCUCCCUCUCCGAAAUCUCAACCACACUUUCACUCGCUCCUCCACCAACCUCCGUCUCUCCGCCAAAUUAAACGGCGGCGCCUAUCCCAAUCCCAAUGGCGUCUCUUCUUCUUCUUCCUCAUUCACUCGUAAAUCAUGGUCUCUUUCUUCUCCUUCCUCUUCUUUCAAAUUCCGACCUCUUCCUCUCCUUUCCACUCCCGAUCUUUCUCCUCCUAAAGCCACUUCCGAAAGCGCCGGUGAAUCUGCUGACUCUAAUUCUUUGCUCAAAACUCUUCAACUUGGAUCCUUGUUCGGAUUGUGGUACCUCUUCAACAUCUACUUCAAUAUCUAUAAUAAACAGGUGUUGAAGGCAUGUCAUUUUCCUGUAACGGUUACUGUAGUUCAGUUUGCUGUUGGGACUGUUCUUGUAUCAGUUAUGUGGGCUCUUAAUCUCUACAAGAGGCCUAAAAUCAAUGGCGCUAUGCUUGCAGCUAUAUUUCCACUUGCUAUUGUGCAUACUUUGGGGAACCUUUUCACCAAUAUGAGUCUUGGAAAGGUGGCUGUGUCUUUUACUCACACUAUUAAAGCUAUGGAGCCUUUCUUUUCUGUUAUCCUUUCUGCCAUGUUUCUUGGAGAGAGGCCUACACCAUGGGUGAUUGGUUCCCUUGUGCCUAUUGUUGGUGGAGUUGCUCUGGCUUCUGUUACUGAGGCCUCUUUCAAUUGGGCUGGGUUUUGGAGUGCAAUGGCUUCCAAUGUGACAAACCAAUCACGUAAUGUUCUUAGCAAAAAGGUCAUGGUUAAACAAGAGGAAUCCUUGGACAACAUAACUCUCUUCUCUAUAAUAACAAUAAUGUCCUUCUUCUUGUUAGCACCAGCAGCUAUCUUUAUGGAGGGUGUCAAAUUCACCCCUGCUUAUCUGCAAUCUGCUGGAUUAAAUGUUAGACAAGUGUACACCAGAUCUCUUCUUGCUGCACUCUGUUUCCAUGCAUAUCAACAAGUUUCUUACAUGAUAUUGCAGAGGGUAUCACCUGUUACUCAUUCCGUCGGCAAUUGUGUGAAGCGUGUUGUGGUUAUUGUGAGCUCUGUGAUCAUCUUCAAAACACCUGUCUCUCCUGUGAAUGCUUUAGGUACUGCUGUUGGUCUUGCUGGUGUUUUCCUCUACUCAAGGGUGAAGCGAAUUAAGUCAAAGCCAAAGGCAGUUUAA